GAGUUGAUCUGAUAACUCAUAAUUCAGACAAGUCUCUUAACAGACCUAGCAACAGAACAGACGGAAGACUUUAAAUCAGUUUAAAACACAAGCAAAAUGGAAAGAACAAACCAAUGAUUUGUGUGUUCACCAAACCCCACUUAUUAGCACUUGGACCAAACAAGAACAACAUCUCCUUUAUCCUCCCACAAUUAUCUUUGAAGUGCAAUCUUCAAAUGGCUCGAUCUGCAAUUGAUGAGACUUCAGAUACUGGUGCAUUUAAGAGAACAGCUUCAACAUUUCGUAACUUCAUUUCAAAAGAACCAAAUUCACAAUUCCCACCAGAAUCUGGAAGGUAUCAUCUUUAUGUGUCCUAUGCUUGUCCUUGGGCUUCUAGGUGUCUUGCAUACUUGAAGAUUAAAGGACUUGAAAAGGCCAUAGCUUUCACGUCUGUGAAACCCAUAUGGGAAAGAACAAAAGAGAGUGAUGAACAUAUGGGAUGGGUAUUUCCUGCAUCAGAGACUGAGGAAGCAGGUGCUGAGCCUGAUCCUUUGAAUGGGGCAAGAAGUAUAAGAGAACUUUAUGAGCUUGCAAGUACAAACUAUGCCGGAAAGUAUACAGUUCCUGUGUUGUGGGAUAAGAAGCUCAAGACAAUCGUUAAUAAUGAGAGUUCAGAAAUUAUUUGUAUGUUUAAUACUGAAUUCAAUGAUAUAGCUGAAAAUGCAGCUUUGGAUUUGUAUCCAUCUCAACUGCAAGCACAAAUUGAUGAAACCAAUGAAUGGGUUUAUGAUGGGAUAAAUAAUGGUGUUUAUAAAUGUGGGUUUGCAAGGAAGCAAGGGCCUUAUGAGGAGGCCGCAAUCCAGUUAUAUGAAGCCUUAGAUAAAUGUGAGGAGAUACUUGGCAGGCAAAGAUAUAUCUGUGGAAACACACUUUCUGAAGCAGAUAUUAAGUUGUUUGUCACCCUUAUAAGAUUUGAUGAGGUUUAUGCAGUUCACUUCAAAUGCAACAAAAAGCUGCUCCGAGAUUACCCGAAUAUGUUCAACUACACCAAAGACAUCUUCCAAAUUCCUGGCAUGAGUAGCACUGUUAACAUGCAGCAUAUUAAGCGGCAUUAUUAUGGAAGUCAUCCCACGGUCAAUCCCUUUGGAAUCAUUCCUCUCGGCCCUGACAUUGACUAUUCUUCACCCCACGACAGGAACAGGUUUUCUUCAUAGAUGCUUUAUAUCUGCGGAUUGUAAACGAACCACAGUUCUGCAAAACUGAGGGCAUGUAUACGCUUGAAUAAGUCGUUUAAGAGUGAUUUUUAUGUCACCCUGUUCUCUUUUUUUUACUUUCAGAAUGAUGUGUGUAAUAUAAGUUGUUGAAAGUGCUAUUUCAACUUAUCAACUUUCAGAAUAAGAAAGCAACUGUUUUUUUCUUCUCA